GUGUAUAUAUUCUGCGCCGGUGAUAUAAUCUGCUGGCCAGCUCUUCGUACAGCAACUUAUAGCUCGUCGAGAAGCUUGACAGAUCAAAAAAUUGUAAUUGCUGCUAUAUAUAUAGAUACUACUGGAAAUGAUGAUAUUGAUUCCGUGAUUAUGAUCAGACUAAAAAGUGUCGUUUUUACCAAACCAUAUCCGAUAUUUUCUCUAUUUACAAAUACUUGUACGCUGGGGGACAAAAUCAAUACAAGUAUUUAGUAACCUUCGCUCGGACCAUAAAAUAUUCAAUACUGGCCAGAACGGACAUAAUGUUAGUUCUUAUGUGACAAGGGGGUAAUUGGAGUUCAAUGAAUUGAUAUUUGUUAAUGGUGAUUUAUGUGCAGUUACAUGUAGUGUAGAUGGAUAUGACUGGAACUGUGAGGACUUUGUGAUAACACAAGAAAUGAAACAGGUUGUCCGUCAUUGAAAUGACAGUUGAGUACCUUCCUGAACAAAAACACCUUAACGAGGACGAUAGCCUGGAGUCUAUGCUUUUCCAGAAUGGAUCUCUUCCCAACAAAGAUCUUAACGAUUGUCCUGCUGUGGCUAGCAACGUUCCUCUUCGGAUAUAUGCCCAUGCUCAUCAGUAAAUUCGUGAAGCGGUGGGGACAUAAACUCGAUGAUGAUCGAGGCGAUGGCCAGUCUACAAGCAUUCUCGACCGACUCAACUUCGUUGCCGGGGGUGUCUUCCUCGCCACAAUCUUUCUAGACCUCCUACCCGAAGCAACGGAAACAUUAACCAAGGCCCUCAAGAAGAAUGGCUUGACUGUUAGUGUACCAAUGACUCCUCUUAUUAUGGCCGUUGGGAUGUUACUCUUCAUGCAUUUUGAACAUAUGACUCUUAUGCUCAAGGACUAUUGGACGAGUACGGGAAGAGGGAACGGGGUCAUAAAUGGACCUGUCACGCCAAAAGAGGAUGAGCUCGAACUGUCUUCGAUUGACAGUGAUUGUAACAAUUCAGAAAAAAAUGUGGAUGAUUCAGUGGCGCAAACUGAUAAAGUACAAACUCCCAAGCCGUUUUAUCAAUCCGUCACUUUGGAUGGCGACGAUGCAGAAUCUGGGGCGUUGUUAAUAAAGGAUAGUACACCUGACCUAGAUCCGGGACAUUUUGAAAGAUCAGGCGAUCACGUCCCCUCGCCUCCGAAAGAUGGCAUCACUGGCAUUAAAACAUCGGAGAAAUCUAACGUAAGCCACUGCAGCCAAUACAGGACUGUCAACACGCCACUUCGCUCAUAUAUUCUUGUCAUUGCUCUUUCACUGCAUUCCGUCUUUGACGGAAUAGUCAUUGGACUAAGUGGCAAAACGACUGAUGUGUGGACCCUUUUUACUGCCGUUGUCUUUCAUAAAUCACUCGUUGCGCUAAGUUUAGGCUCGAAACUUCUAAAAAUGUCACACUGCAUAUCGAAAAGGACGAUAUUCUUCCUACUUCUGACAUUCACCUUAACUACGCCUAUAGGUGGCACCAUAGGUAUCUUAAUGACAAGUUACGGAAACAAAAAUGGCGGUGGACUAGCUGAAGGGAUACUUGUCUCUAUGGCAACCGGUACAUUUACUUACGUAACAUUUUUUGAAAUGCUAAAAUUUGAAGGAGAUCAUAGGUCGAACUUGAUUAACACUUUCCUGGUGACUACAGGUUUUGCAAUCACUGCCACUGGCAUUUCCUUCCAAGGAGACCCCGCGGAAGUCGGUGAACUUCAGACUGUGUCCCGUCCUUAAUUCUCUCAAUGGAGUUGCUUUGGGAAUUUUUAAAUAGCGAACUUCUACCGGUACUUUGUUUCUCAAGGCCUGAUUUGAUUCCAAAGGUCCAACGCCAACAAAAUUGCAAAAUUGUACUUUUCGUUCGGCGGCAUCCUUACAACAAACCGACGGAUGUCUGUGGCGAAUUCAAGCUUAAAGGUUUCGCCAAGUUAUCUGUGAUUCCAACUUUACUUGAUCAUUCAGAUCUGGCAUCUAACCUUUUGGUGCGUCCCGAUCAGUUUCUGCUGGCAAGGGCUAUGAAUUUAUAAAUUGCAGUUUGUUUUGUUGCCCAUUUUAGUUCGGGUCAUAAAUGAAUACAAUAAUUUAGAAUAUCCUUUCAUUUCUGGGAUACGACAAUGCACAAAGCUAUCCUUCUUGUCCUAAUGUUCCAAGGGUAGGAGUCAUAAUAGUAUUGGCUGCUGCAAGUUGACUAAAAUAUUUACCAAAUCACGCACUACACCGACGUGCCACAAAUAAAAAGAAGCCGCCCUUGGGCAAAUGCCCCGUGUGAGGAUCGAACUCACGACCUUCAGAUUAUGAGACUGACGCGCUGCCUACUGCGCUAACGAGGCGGCUGGAAGGUGCAGGUCGAUUCAUGCUUAUGACUCCAUAUGAUGUUUACUCAAAACGAAACUGAUAAAAUGAACGAACAGCAAAAAAACUUAUUCAUUAAUUGAUUUUUCUCUCCAAACAACAUCCAUGUAAUAAAACAAGUAAUAAGUAUGUUAAGAGAAGGUCAACAAAUGAUGAACGCUUUGCCAAGAAUUUAAAGAACAGACGGGAAUGAUACAUAUUUUUAUAUUUAAUGUUAAAGGUCGUCAUCAGGAGAAAGAAAAUGUAAUGCAA